AAGGCUACCACCAUGAGUUUCGUCAGACCCAAUUUGAGUCCGACCUUUCAGAAGGUCCAGAGCUUCCUGCUCUGGUUUCAGAUGGUCUACGCAGUGUGGCAGUUCGUUCGCACCGCCAAGUUUUUCCGACUGCCCUACGUGCUGCUUUCGUCCCUAUGGCACGGCCUGGAUUCCUGGCUCGAGAAGCGCAGUCUGAUUAUGAUUAAUCCGGAGAGCGAGGUCGACAAGGAGCCCCAGACGGCAGAUGUCCUCGCUAAGGGUAGCACACCCUUGGAAGUCACCGCCAUUUCAAUGGACAUGUCACCCGAUGUCAUCGCAGCAGAGGAUGUCCCUGUCAUUCUCUCCUUUAAUCCCGCCGACCCCAAUAUUUACGUGACGUCGAAACUCCGAGCAAGGCACAUGCGGAUCCUACAGGAGACCUCGUUGAUGAUGAAACUGAGAUUCGGGAGUGAUGACGAUCUGUUGUGGCCAGGAACACAUCUGAUCCGCAGGAAGAGGUUCGACGAUGUCGUCUACGCCGUGCUGGAGGGCAAGGGCUACAACGUACGACCCGCGUUGAAGUGUUUUUUCGAUUGCAGCUCGAAUGAAGUACUGAACCAGAACUUUUUGAGGUUCGCCUCGAUCUGGCCUCUCAUUUUGCAAGCUCGCGGGUACGACUUUUGGUCCGUGAUUCUCAGUAUUUUCAUCAUUGCGAUGGAUCUGCUCUCCUACUCUGCAAACAUGAUCUGGAAAUUCACGCAGUACUGGGCAUCGAGGUUGGUCAAGUUCAUUAUCCUGCAAGCUGGCCGAAGGGAAUGGAGGACAUUUUGGUACACGUUCAUGGCAACGGUGUCGACGCGAUUUCAGUGCGAUAAUUUUGUAACCGGCGAGGCAUCUGUGAAACAGGUGAACCAGCUGGUGAUGGCCAUAAACAUCAGACUGAAGAGGACAAACGUCGACAGGGUCGAACCCAUCGUUUGCAGUAUUCCGGUGCCACAGAAGGUCGGUCCAGGAACAUCGCAGGCUAUAGAAUUCACCCUCGAUAAGGAGAAUCAUCGAGCUCUAGCUCAACCUCCGAUACGUGAAGGAGUCACCUCUUCGGUACACUUCCAAUCACCCGAGAGCAUCAAGGUGGACGCCUGGUCGACAGCCGACAUGGCAUACUUUCUGCAGCUGAUCGAUGACUGCAAUCGUCUCAAAUGCCCUCCAAUUAAGAAGUGGGAGGGAGAGAACUGUCAUUGCUCCACUUUCGCAGAAUUCGUUCACGGAGUCAAGGAUCGCAAGUUCGUUCUCUGCCACCUGAAAGUCCCUCUGAAACUGUUCAUAACCUGAGAAGAAGUAAGAAGGCGUCCUAUCCUCAGAUCACAGCAUCUGCUGUCAAUUGGAAGCUCCACUUCCAAAAUAUAUGUUCAUCGUUUGUACGUUCAGAGUCACUGUUACUGAUUUCUGCUUCUCUGACUCUGAGCUCUAUUCUUCGGGCGAGAGUGCCACUUUCUGACCUCGGCAACGACAGCUUGGGAAAUGCAAAGGGCGGCCCGCCAGCAGCCUUUCCGAUUCAUUCUAGGACCAUCGUCAUCGUGACCUGGUGAAGCUGAAAGAGAGUUAUAGCUUACACAUUCUCGAACAUAGAGGCCAUCUAAAAAGAUAAUGAAAAUAUAAUUGGAUGAUUUUAUAGACCAUAACGAGCGGGGAAAUUUCCCACAAUUGGAUGAACAUUUGGAUCAAGUGAAGAAGGCGAACUUCAAAUCAUUUUCUAAAGAUAGACAGAAAUUCAAGAUUUAGAAUUUCAAAUAAAAAGUGGU